AUGAGAAAAUGUCCAAACCAUGGAAUCACUCAAGGAAACCAAGUGCAAUACUUCUACACCGGCCUUACACCACUGUCAAAAUCUCAAGUUGAUGCCUCUGCUGGUGGAUCAAUCAUAGGAAAAUUAGUGCAACAAACCAUGGACCUAUUUGAGUUAAUUGCCACCACACAUUCAAUGUUCUCAUCAGAAAGAGUGGUACCACCAAAGAUAGCAGGAAUGUAUGAAUUAGAAAGCACAACAUCUACCAAUGCACAGAUAGCAGCUUUAACAAAACAGGCAUCCAUCAAGAAACUGGAGGCACAAAUUGGUCAGAUAGCACAACAACUUACAGAACGUCCACAAGGGACAUUGCCAGGCAAUACAAUGAUAAAUCCUAAGGAACAGUUGAUGGCAAUUAAAGUAGUGGAGAACGAUCCACCCAGGGCCCCCGUAAAAGUUAAAGCAUAUGUACCUCCACUUCCGUUUUCCCAAAGACUUCGAAAGAAGUCGAUGGAGCAAAAUAUUCAUGUCAUAAAUACAAAGAGCGAGGUACAAUCGUCAGAGAUCACUACAAAGAGACCCAAAAGAAAAGAUGCCCAAGAAGUAAUUGAUGAAGCUACAAGGGUAGAAAAAUUUGAACCAAACACAACUGAAAAUGGAGAAAGUACAGAAACAUCAGUUGCUAAAGCACCAAGUCUAGACAAAGUUUACAUGCCUCCCAUUCCUUUUCCUCAAAAGCUCAAGAAGAACAAACAGGACACAAACUAUGAAAAAUUUCUCAAUGUUCUCAAGAAGCUCCAGAUCAAUGUUCCGUUCAUUGAUGCGAUACUACAAAUUCCAAGCUAUACGAAAUUUCUGAAAGAGAUGUUGACAAAGAAAAGAAAACUUCCGGAGUUUGAAACUGUGGCAUUAACUGAGGAAAGUAGUGAAAUUGGGACUAGGUGA